AUGUACGAAACCAAUCCUUAUACGAAUGGACUACCACAAUCAACAGAGCUUCAAGAUUUACUAAUGUGUGAAUCACUAUUUGAUGAAUUCACCACGACAAAUAAUUUGAAUAAUAAUCCAAAUACAACGCAGCCACCUUCGACAACAUUGUCAGAGUUUGAAGCACAAAUACAAGCAAUGUUAGCUGCAAAUAGUAAUAAUAUAGAAAGUUCUAACGAUAGUCACAAUCAACUUUUUAAUAAUUAUCAAUAUUCUGUACCAACUUUACCUAAUGACACACUAUUUAAUUCAUCGGACAUAUUAGCUUCUUUAAAUUCUCCUGAUUCAUUCUUAAGUUCGCCAAAUUCUUUUACAACGAUCGACGAUACGUGUUCUUUAGACACUCUUUCACCACCACAAUUUAAUGCUUUACAAGAUUUUACAAUUUCACCAAUCGAUGCUACUGUUCAAGAUUUUGGCAACUCCUCUAUGGAAGACUCAUCUUUUGAACAAUUAUUAACUUCAAAAAAUGAUCUUGACACACUUAACUUGAUCGCUUCUCAACAGUUUGAUAAUGCUAAAAAGCGUGCUAACUUAACAUUAGAUCGUGAUAGUAUUUCACCUGAUAAAUCAUCAAAAAAGAAGCGUAAAGGUCCAAAUAGUGUGGUUGGCAAGUCUAUUAAAAAAUCUUCGACUGGAUUAAAAUCUUCGGGACAUCCGACUUCUGCUUCAGGAAACGAGUUUGUAAAAGGUGAAUUAAAUUCUUCAGAUGGAUUAUCAGUUCCUAGCAUGAUGUGUAACGAUGGUACUCAAAGUAUUGUAGUUCCUAGUUCUCCCGUUGUUCCUUCAGAUUCAUCAAAUUAUGCUACAAACUCGAUUCUGGCAUUUAAUCAAGGUGCUUGGAAUCAUCCCGCUCAAACCAUAAAUCCUUCUGCAACGAGUUUCGUUCCCGAUAGAAUGAUCGAGUUUACGAAUAUACCUUUACUUGUCGCGCGUGAUAGUUCUCCUGCUGCAAAGUUACCAAUAAAUCGUCUUAAAUCUACAAUGUCUAAUGCACAACCACAACAAAAUUUCCAAGCACAGCCAAAUAAACAACAAAAGAAAGUUGCUCAUAAUGCCAUCGAACGUCGUUAUAGGAAUAAUAUUAAUGAUCGUAUUAAUGAUCUUAAAAAUGUUGUUCCUGCACUUUGUCAUCUCAAAAGUAAAGAUGAUGACGAAGCCAGUGAAGUUGAUGGAAUACCUGCUGCUACCAAGCUGAAUAAAGCAACAAUUCUUAGGAAAGCAACCGAAUAUAUUAAUUACUUAAAGAAUAGCAAUCAAAAACUUAAACGUGAAAAUGAAACUUUAAGGAAAUUGAUCGAAGCUUUACCUGGUGGUACUGAAUUAUAUAAUGCUUAUAUGACAGAACAAGUCGCUAAUUCUAAUGAACUUGAGCACACUGGUCAAUAUACACCACCAACAUCAGCUGAUAGUUCUCCAGGUUCGUCUCAUCCCGGUUCACCACAUCAGCAGGAUUAUGUUGAUUAUAAUUCGCCACCAACUCCUCCAACCGGAAACACUGGUUCAAGAGCUUUAAUGGCUUUAUUCAUGUGUAUGACUUUCUUUACAUCAUCAUCAAGCUAUAAUACAGAAUCUCAUCCUGAUCAUCAUGAAGGACGGGUAUUAUCUAAUUCUCCUUCACCCGUUAUUGAUACAACAAAAAAUUCAUUUAAUGCGAGCGAUGGUACAUUAAUCAUUGACCUUUGGUACUUGGCAAGGAUUUUUACUUUCCUCAUGUGUCUGACUUAUAUUAUUCGACCUUCACUGUUUUCAAGUCAACCACGUCGCUUACGUAAAUCAAAUUCGAUUAUCACAUCUGUAUUAAACGCUAAAACUAAAGAUGCUAAAGCACUUUAUCGAUCUCUUUCAAGUCUUUCAAAUGGACCUCCCGCCAAUUUGUUUGAACUUAUUUUUGGACUUAUUUCAGAAUCCAUUAAAUUUUCUUUUAGAAGAUUCUUAGGAUGGGAUAUUACAGGUGGUUAUACGCUUACAGAUGUUGAAGAAAGGCUUAUGGAAGUAUCGCUAUGGGGAAGAAUUGGUGAGGUUGAACUAUGUGGUGGUGGUAAUGAUAAAGCUUCACGUCUAUCAAUCCUUUACACUUGUCUACGCACCAUUAAUCUUUUAGAAAGUUCUUAUACAACAAGAAAACAUAUUUAUCUUAGUCCGUCGCGUAUUUACGCUAAUGCCGCAUUACAGAGUUAUAUUGGACUAUCAAGUUUUCCAUUUCUUGCAGAAAAAGUUGCUUCACAGUUUUGGAAAUUAGCAAACAAAGAAAAGGGACGCGGAAGUGGAGCAGAAGAAAAAUGGCUUGAAAUUGCCUUGAAUAGUGAUCAACAAAGUGAAAUGUGGAAAGGGGUUGUAAAUAGAAUUAGUAAUUACACUUUCCUUCAUUCAACAAAGAAAAAUGAUGAAAAAUCACACAUUGGACUGAUGAAGAAUAUUACGAUUCCUUUAACGCUCGUAACGGAUGUACAAGCAUUAAUAUAUCUUAAACAAGCUUUUUAUAACUUCAUUUCUCUAAAAUAUAGCGGUAAAAAGAAAUCAUCGAAAAAUCAACAGUCAUUUUCCUUUGUUGAAAUAGUACGAGACACCACACCUAAUUCAUUCACACAUUGGUAUGCAUUAGUUGGUUGCAGUAUAGAGGCAUUUUCCUCAGGACAUAAUUCACUUGGAAAAAACUUUGUUAAUAGACUUAAAGAUUAUCCAACAAUUAAAUCAGAUGAAAAUAAUUAUAAUAAACAAAUCAUUGCUAUGGGAUUACUUUCUUACGCAUUAUUAAUGCAUGGGAAAGUUGAAGCUUCAAUUAGAUGUGCUGAUAAAGUUAACCUUGCGUUGGCCAAAAGAAAAGAACAAAGAAAUGGUGAUGGUAGUGUAGAAGGAAAAAAUGAAUUAUUAGAUGAAUUUAACAAUUCUUUUGAAAUACUUAAUAUGGUACAAGGUGUUCAUGAUUUGGCAGAAUUUUGUGUUGGAUGGAUUGUAUUAGAGGCAAGAAGUUUAGGUUGGAAAAUUGUUGAAGGACUGGCUUCUUCAAUGAAUGCUUCAAGUAGUGAUAGCACGAAAUCAUCUGUCGAAGAAGAAAAAGAAAAUGCAUCAUCAAUGAAAUUGUCUUCUACUUCAACAACGAAUUCAUUGACAACGACAACAAUCAAAGCUACAUCUAACAUUACAUUACCCGAUGUUCUGGAUAGAGAAAGAUUACAAAAUACAAUAAUUUUAUGGAUAAGGUUUUUAAGAAGAUUAUCAAAAAAUUCUGUAUUUGAGGGUAUAACAAAAAAACGGGAAAUAUUUAUAAAAAAACUGGUUAUACUUGAAAGAAUUGUUAGUGGUGAAUACGAUGAUGAUAGUGAUGAUGAUUUAGAAUUAUCAGGUGGUGAAUGCGAAUGUGAAUUGUUAGACGAUUGUCCACAUAAACGUAAUGUUGAUGAUAAUUCGCGGUCAUUGAGUGAAAGCGAAAAUAGGGCCAUUAAAGCUUGGAGUAUAUUAAAAGGAAUGUAA